CUGGCUGCAGCGGAGCCAGGCGUGCGGUGAAGAUGGUGGAAGGAGCCAAGCUGCACCUGAAGGAGUGGCUGCUCCGCCAGAUCGAGAGCGGCAGCUUCGAGGGUCUGUGCUGGGAGGACGAGGACAAGACCAUGUUCAGGAUCCCCUGGAAACACGCAGCCAAGAAGGACUACAACCAGAUGGAGGACGCGGCUCUGUUCAAGGCCUGGGCCGUCUACAAGGGCAAACACAGUGAAGGGAGGGACAAAGCUGAUCCCACCGUGUGGAAGACGCGUCUUCGCUGUGCGCUCAACAAGAGCACGGAUUUCCAGGAGGUCCCUGAACGCAACCAGCUGGACAUCAGUGAACCCUACAAGGUCUAUCGUAUUUUACCUGACCCCGGACCAGCCAGGUCAGCAGUUUCCUCAGAGUCUCAUGUUUCUACCAAGCUCCAUUUGAAAAAUGAAUUCUCUCAAGUCAAUAAAGAAGGUAAAUUAUCAGCUGACCUGUGGAGGGAGCACAGAUACUGUGACCUCACGCCCACCGAAUCCAAGAUGAGAAGUCCGUCUCCUUCGGCCGGUGUGGCUCCUGGGGGGGGCGUGUUAGAUGUCCGUAUGGAGGUGGUGCUGCUGUACCACGGUCAGAAGGUGCUGCAGGUGACCACCGCCAGCCCAGAGGGCUGCUUCAUCCUCAAGGGCCAGGUUCCUCUGGGGAAUGAGAAGAUUUACGGACCCUGCAGAGCGGAGCAGCUCUCCUUCCCCUCCCCCGACUCCGUCUCUCUGCCGUCAGACAUGGCCAAAGCCAUGAACCUCCUGCUCUGUCACCUGGAGCGGGGGGUGCUGCUGUGGGUGGCCCCGGACGGGUUGUUCAUCAAACGCUUCUGCCAGGGCAGGGUGUACUGGAGCGGCCCGACGGCCCAGCACACGGACCGGCCCAACAAACUGGAGCGGGACAAGACCUUCAAACUCCUGGACGUCCCUACGUUUCUGGGUGGUAAGACAGGCUCCGGGGCUGCAGGUCAGAGCUCGGGAACUGUUUGCACGGAAAAGGACGAACCCCUGGGUACCAGAUUGAUCUGUGCUUUGGAGAAGAGUACCCCGACCCAAACAUCCCCAAGAACAGGAAACUCAUAAUGGCAGAGGUCAGGCCGCUGUUCGCCGUGGAGCUGCUGCAGAAGUUCAACUUGACGGAAGGGACGGAGAAGCUGGAGAAGUCGACGGUCGACAGGAGAACCCGCAGCGGAGAAGAAGUGAGAGAGAAGAGCGUGAAUCUGCCCUGACCACAGCGGACACAAACCCGCACACAGGACGGGCUCGGAGUACUUCCUGUCACUACCAGGAAGUAGAGAGACGGCGCGAAAAGAGUGUAUUUGUUUAAAAGAAAAAAACAAAAACUUUAUAAGAUUUUUUAUUAUUAUUAUUACUAUUAUUACUGACUAUUUUAGAAAGAGUAAAUCACCGUGUGUCUAAUUCUUCCACAUUUGUUGUGAUUGACGUUCCACCAUAGAAUGAAUCGAGACUUUAAGAUGAAUUAAUAAAGCUUUUUUUCCCCCCUUUUAUUUCUAGCGAAUGUCAUGUAACAGAUUCACAAUUGUUUUUAAAAAAUAUACAUAUAUUUGUAGCUAUUACAUUUAAAAUUAAAUUUCACAGGUAAGGAUUUGUAUUUCUGAAAUAAAA